AUGGACAACGAGUCGCAGUACUCGGGCUAUUCUUACAAGUCGUCCCACUCUCGCAGCUCCAGGAAACACAGGGAUCGGAGGGACAGACACCGUUCGAAGAGCAGAGACAGUAGCAGCCGCGGAGACAAAUCGGUGACGAUUCAGGCGCCUGGCGAACCCCUGCUGGACACGGAGUCCACCCGCGGAGACGAUCGGGAUGACAACUGGGGCGAGACGACCACGGUGGUGACCGGCACCUCCGAGCACAGCGUGUCGAACGAGGACCUGACGCGGGCGUCCAAGGAGCUGGAGGAUUCUUCUCCACUGGAGUGUCGACGUUUCGCCGGCCCCGUCCUGAGCGCCGUCCUGGGCCUGUUCGCUCUGCUCACCCCCCUGGCCUUCCUCCUGCUUCCGCAGCUGCUGUGGCGCGACUCCCUGGAGCCCUGCGGGACACCCUGCGAGGGUCUCUACGUCUCCCUGGCCUUCAAACUCCUGGUCCUCCUCAUCUCCUCCUGGGCUCUUUUCCUCCGCCCGCCGCGCGCCACCCUCCCUCGCUUUUUUGUCUUCCGCUGCCUGCUCCUGGCCCUGGUGUUCCUCUUCGUGGCUUCCUAUUGGUUGUUCUAUGGCGUGAGGGUGCUGGAGCCCCGAGAGCGGGACUACAGGGGCAUUGUGGGAUAUGCGGUUUCGUUGGUGGACGCCCUGCUGUUUAUUCAGUACCUGGCCCUGGUCCUGCUGGAGGUACGGCACCUGCAGCCGGCGUUCUGCCUUAAAGUGGUUCGCACUACGGAUGGAGCCAGUCGGUUUUACAACGUAGGCCACCUCAGCAUCCAGAGAGCUGCAGUAUGGGUUCUGGAUCAGUACUACAGCGACUUUCCCGUCUAUAAUCCUGCUCUGCUCAACCUGCCCAAGUCCAUCCUCUCCAAAAAGAUGUCUGGAUUUAAAGUCUAUUCCCUAGGAGAAGAGAACAGCACCAAUAACUCCACCGGCCAAUCUAGAGCCAUGAUAGCAGCGGCCGCCCGCCGGCGAGACAACUCCCACAACGAGUACUACUACGAAGAGGCCGAGAUGGAACGCAGGAUUCGCAAGCGCAAGGCCAGGCUGGUCGUGGCGGUCGAGGAAGCGUUCACGCACAUCAAGCGUCUCCAGGAGGACGAGCAGUCGCCGUCUUCGCCCAAGCACCCCCGCGAGGUGAUGGACCCGCGAGAGGCGGCACAGGCCAUCUUCGCGCCCAUGGCGAGGGCGAUGCAGAAAUACCUCCGCACCACCCGCCAGCAGCCGUACCACAGCAUGGAGAGCAUCAUCACCCACCUGCAGUUCUGCAUCACGCACAACAUGACCCCCAAGGCUUUUCUAGAGCGAUACCUCACUCCCGGCCCGACCGUGCAGUACCAGCGAGAGAACGGUAGGGGGCGCCAGUGGACCCUGGUCAGUGAAGAGCCUGUGACUUCCGCACUCCGCCAAGGGCUCGUCUUUUCGCUCCGUCGCCUCGACUUUGCUCUGGUUGUCACGGUGACGCCCCUCCCUUUCCUGAAUCUGGGGGAGGAGUUCAUAGACCCCAAGAGUCACAAAUUUGUCAUGAGGCUACAGUCUGAGACCUCUGUGUAGAGUAACAGAAGAGCGGAAGCGAAAAAAAAGAAAAAAAAUGGGAGUGGGG